CUCCUUUCUUCCUUUUCCGGAAGAGACGCUCUCCGAAGUGGACCUAUUUAAUUUUAACUGCAGAAGUACCUUUUCCCACCUUCCAAAAUGAAAAUUUACAAGGAUGUUGUUACCGGAGAUGAAAUGUUUUCUGACACAUAUAAAGUCAAGUUAGUAGAUGAUGUACUUUAUGAAGUAUAUGGAAAGUUUGUAACUCGGAAGUCAGGAGAUAUUGAAAUUGCUGGAUUUAAUCCAUCAGUGGAAGAAGCUGAUGAGGGCACAGAUGAAAUUGUAGAAUCAGGAGUUGAUGUUGUAUUAAACCAUAGGCUUCAAGAAACUUUUGCCUUUGGAGACAAAAAAUCCUAUACAUUAUAUCUCAAAGAUUAUAUGAAGAAGUUGGUAGCUAGGCUUGAGGAAAAAUCACCUGAUCAAGUAGAAGUAUUCAAAACAAAAAUGAAUAAAGUAAUGAAGGACAUCCUUGGUAGAUUUAAAGAACUACAGUUUUUUACUGGAUCUUCCAUGGACAUUGAUGGAAUUGUUGGUCUUAUGGAAUAUCGUGAAAUUGAUGGCGAAUCAGUUCCAGUUUUGAUGUUUUUCAAACAUGGUCUUGAAGAAGAAAAGUUUUAAACAUUUCUUAGAUAUGCAACAAAUUAUGGACAAAUUUUAUAAACUGGAAACAAGACUGCAAUACACGCUGCAAAGUUGUGAAAUUUAGGUAAAAUGUAAAGCAAACAGUUUUUCUUCCGGUUUACAAAAGAGUUGAUUAACAACAUUAAAUAAAGUCUCUCUGUUGAUGACAAUUGCUGGUUAAAUAACUGUACAUAUAACAUAAAAAAACCAAUUUUCCAUAGUCAUAUCUUCAUUACAUGCAAAUGAUUUGUUGUGAAUAUUAUUAUCUUUUGUAUUUGACUUCUAUUAGGAAAUUUAUUUAUAUCAAAAAUGGAAGAUGGGGAAAGAAUUACUGCAAUAUAGAUUUAUAUCAAUAAAAAUAUAACAUAACUAUUAUGUUAAUGUUAGUAAAAUGUCAACAACUGAAAACUUCGACAAAAUGUCCAUCAAAUAAAAAACUUUUUCCAUCAG